GGUUGGAGGCGUGAUCACGUGACUGUUGCCAUAGCAACGAGUGGGGUGUAGACGCUACCACUGCUCAGUGCUCAUCGGCUGCAACCCAACCAUACACACUGUCAGUAGUUAUGUUUGGCUUGUGGUAGCCUUACCGUGAUUUCACCAUAGCAACUGUUCAGUUUUUCGACAUCAAUUUACGCUCUUGAGCAGGAUGUUGACCAGGCGGGAAGUGGUGAUCGAGAAGCCGUUCCGUGAUCGUCGCUACCGAGACCACAGACGGAAGGUACGGAGUGCCCUGCCCCGAAUAGACUCAGGGCCGCCCAGAGAGUACCCGCACUUGGUGGUCAAGCUCAAGAAGCUGCGGCUGGAGCGGGACCGCCAAGGCAAGAUCUGUCAGGACAACAUCAAGCUCGUCCACCGCAUGGCUGUCAUAAUGAGGACCAAGAGGCUUGACAACAUCAAUAUGGCGCCUAGAGGUGUCGUCGGCAGACCAUUCGAGCCUCGAGCAAAAACCUCGACCCGUCGAACGACAGCUUCUAGAUCUCCAGCAGGAGAAGACGAGGAAGACUGGGACCAGGGCGGAUCUUUUCUGGAACAGGUCACCUCUGAAGUGGAGAGGCACCUCAAACCUCCCAUCCCAGGCAAGCUGAUCCAGCACCGUGCUCCCGCGGGACUGUGUCGCGUCCCUCGUGUCGGACCUCCACCCUCACCCAGGAGCCCAGUCCGCCGCCGCCACCGUGUUCCCACCAUCACCCUGCCCCUCACCAGCCCCAGGUCACGCAGGAGUCCGUCGCCUACCACCGCGUCAGAGCGGUCCUCGGCCAGGUGUCGUCGUGGUAGGGAGACAACCAGACUAUCGCCCCUACCUAGUCUCGGCCGUCGUCCCAGCAUCAUCGCCUCCUUACCUUCUCCCCAGGACGACAACUCCAGCUCAGCCGCUGAUGAAGGCAACUUUGAGGAGGAUGUUGAAGAAAGUGAGAAUUCAGAGUACAGUCAAGAAUCUGAGGAGAGGAGCGAGUAUUCGGAAGACAAGAAUGAGAAAACGGAAGAAGAUAGUCAGAAAACUGACGAAGAAAAUGAAAAAUGUGAUGAAGAUAGUGAAGGGAGUGAGGACAAGAGAGGGAGCAGGAGGGAGGGGUCUGGAGAGACGGAUAGCGACGACCGGGUGUCCUCUAUCCUUCUCAGUCACCACCCCAAUAUCACCAUCGACGAGCCCAGCGACGACGAGUUCUACGCCUAGAAGGCACGCGUAGGCUGUCCACUUACCCUAUAACGGGCACUGGGGUGAUGACAUGUGUUGUAGGUACUACUGGUGCACUUAGUGGAGUGACACAUACAGGGUUGUUUAGUUUAGGUUAGGUAGUCCUUCCCCAGGGUGUAAGGUAAGAUCAGUACGUAAUGGUGUCGAACGGAUUGAACCGACAUUGACUUAAACGCUCAUUUAACUCAAUGCCUACAAUAAGACUACCUUCCUGUGGACUGUAUUCAUGACGUUUUAAUAACCAGUGUCGGGAUAGAAUUUCCGCGAACUGUUAAGUACCGGUGAUUAACAAAAUAUUUUGUAUUUACUUAGAAAUAUUCUUAGUAUAGCUAAUGUCAACUUGGAAUCAAUCCCAGAAUUAUUUAAAUAAAAGUUUCUGUCUUUU